GGGCAACUGGUCAAUUUUUCCUCAGCACAGGUCUUGAUUAAUCUCCCCCAUAGUGCUGCUGAACAUAUGUCUGCCUUACCUGAGGAACCAGGAGAGAUGUGAUAUAUUGGGGGAGAAAGUAACUGCUGCCAAGUGUCGUUCAGUAGAAAACAUCUUGAAACAUCAAAAUGGGGAAAAAAAAGAAAAGUCGCUUGGAGAUUAUUAUGGAGGAUGCUGGCAUUGAAAUUGAUGGACAUCUUGAAUCCGAUUCAGAUACUGAUGAUGAGGAAGAGGAAGAGAACACAAAAAGAAAGGUGACUGGAAAAAAAUCUCCCCAAAAAGAAUCUAAGAGGAACAAUGAGAGCGAAGAAGAUAGUAGUGAAAAUGAGUCACCAAGAAGAAAUAGAAAGAAUAGAAGCAGAGCGAAAUCCAGAAGAAAUAAUGAUGAGGAGGAGGAGGAGGAUGAAGAAGAUGAAGAAGAAAAUGCAGCCAAUAGGAAAACAGGUUACAGGAACAGAGGCAGAGCUAAUGGAAGGACAAAGGAAGAACAAAACGAGAAGAAGGGGAAAAAGGGGCAACAACAGAAGGAUGAUCAAAAGAAGAAGAAGGAUGGCAGUGAUUCCCAAUCUUCAGCUUCCUCUGAUGAAGAAUCAAUGACUGAAGAAGAGAUGGAAAAAUUGCUGGAACUGGUUGAGGAGAAGAAGAAGUUGAUUUCCACCAUAAGGAAUAAACCAUGGCGCAUGAAGAAAAAACUAACCAUUUUAAGGGAUGCCCAAAAAUUUGUGGAGAAAUUUGAAGGUGCACUGGGAAAAGGAAAAGGAAAAAAAUUCUAUGCGUACAAAGUCAUGAUGCUUAAGAAAUGGAUCAAGUUUAAAAGGGACUUUGAAAAUUUUAGAACAGCCUGCAUACCAUGGGAAAUGAAGAUUAAAGAAGUGGAAAGUCACUUUGGGUCAUCGGUUGCCUCUUAUUUUAUAUUCUUGAGAUGGAUGUAUGGAGUAAACUUGGUGCUCUUUGGCCUAAUAUUUGGACUUGUGGUAAUUCCAGAGAUUUUAAUGGGUUUACCUUAUGGCAGUUUACCACGAAAGACAGUGCCUAGAAAAGAAGAAAAAACAGCCAUGGAUUUCUCUGUCCUUUGGGACUUUGAGGGUUAUGCCAAAUAUUCUGUUUUGUUCUAUGGUUUCUACAAUAACCAACGUACAAUUGGGUGGCUAAAGUUCCGACUACCGCUUUCCUAUUUCUUGGUGGGGGUUGGUGUCUUUGGAUACAGCCUGAUGGUAGUUAUUAGAACGAUGGCAAGUAACGCUAAUGAAAAUACAAAUGAUGGAGAUGACGGGAAUUUUAAUUUCAGCUUUAAAAUGUUUACUAGCUGGGAUUACUUAAUAGGAAACCCGGAGACAGCGGAUAACAAAUUUGCAUCCAUAACUACCAGCUUCAAGGAAUCUAUUGUAGAUGAAGAGGAAAGCCAUAAGGAUGAAAACAUUCAUCUUACUAGAUUCCUCCGGGUCUUGGCCAAUGUAAUGAUAAUUUGCUGCUUGUGUGGCAGUGGUUAUCUUAUCUACUUUGUUGUUAAACGCUCACAGACAUUUUCUAAGAUGCAGAAUGUUGGCUGGUAUGAAAGAAAUGAGGUUGAGAUAGUGAUGUCUUUGCUUGGAAUGUUCUGCCCCCCACUUUUUGAAACAAUUGCAAACUUAGAAGAUUACCAUCCUCGGGUGGCAUUGAAGUGGCAGUUAGGAAGAAUAUUUGCUUUGUUUCUUGGCAAUCUAUAUACAUUCUUGCUGGCUUUGAUGGAUGAUGUUAAUGAGAAACUAGCUCAAGAGGAAGCCAUAAAGAAUAUUACUUAUUGGACUUUAUACAACUACUACAAUUCAAGUACCAACAUAAAUGGAACAGACACCACACCACCGCCACUACAUCCUGCUGAUGUCCCUAGGGGUCCCUGCUGGGAAACUAAUGUUGGAGUUGAAUUUGUAAGACUGACAGUAUCGGACAUUCUGGUGACAUACGUCACUAUCCUAGUAGGAGAUUUCCUUCGUGCCUGUUUUGUAAGAUUCAUGAACUACUGUUGGUGCUGGGACCUGGAAGCUGGGUUUCCUUCCUAUGCAGAAUUUGAUAUCAGUGGUAAUGUGCUGGGUCUGGUCUUCAAUCAAGGAAUGAUUUGGAUGGGUUCUUUUUAUGCUCCUGGACUGAUAGGAAUCAAUGUCCUCAGGUUGCUGACCUCCAUGUACUUCCAGUGUUGGGCAGUUAUGAGUAGUAAUGUUCCUCAUGAACGUGUAUUCAAAGCAUCUAAAUCAAAUAACUUUUACAUGGGACUUCUUCUGCUCAUCCUUUUCUUGAGUCUACUCCCAGUAGCUUACACCAUCAUGUCUCUCCCACCCUCAUUUGACUGUGGACCUUUCAGUGGGAAGAAAAGAAUGUUUGAUGUUAUCCAAGAAACAAUGGAAACUGACUUCCCACCUUUUGUUGCCAAAAUUCUCAGUUCUAUAGCAAAUCCUGGAUUAAUCAUACCAGCAAUUCUUCUUAUGAUAUUAGCAAUUUAUUACCUCAAUGCUGUAUCAAAAGCCUAUCAGCAAGCAAACAUAGAUUUGAAGAAGAAAAUGCAGAUGCAAAGGGAAGAGGAAAAAAAUAAGCGGAAUAAUAACACACAAACUAAUUCUGUUAUGAGAGAUCUAGAAGAAUUACUUCCUCCAAGUGCAAGAAAUGCACUUAGGCUACAAAAUGCUGCAACAGAGGCUAAUGCAGGACAAAUGGGCAUACAUCCUGGUAAUGGAUCAACCACACCAAGCCACACAGCACCAAGAAGAGAUGGUUCAAUAAUGCCAACACCACGCAUUGCUGUCACAAGUCCACCUGUGCCAAGACCCAUGGGGCCACAUAUGGGUGGAUCACCAGGCUUUUCUCACCCACAGGGGCCUCAUCCUAGACAUUAAGGGUUUGCACUUUGUUUAAUGGUGCGGCACAAAGCUGCACUACAACUGCACCAAAGAAACUGCAAAAAAAUGGCAAAACAAUAGACAAUAAAUGGAGUUCUAUUUCCUGGAGAUAUUCUCAAACUACUUAUAUCAGAUACUGCGAUUGUUGUAUCAUGUUCCGCAUUACAUUCUUUUCCCCCUAUUGACAUUAAUAUUUAAAACUGCCACAAAAACAUAACAUACAGAGUAAAGUCUGGUUCUUAAAAAUAAUUUAGAAUAGUUUGCCUGGAAUUUUUUUUCUUCUUCAAAUAACUCAGUCCCCACCGCUCCCCGCUACCUGAUCCCCAUCUCAACACAAGGAAAUGCCUGCUCAGCCAUUCCCACUGGACAACAACCUUUAAUACCUAAAAGAUUAUGAUGCGUAUUGAAAUACAAGUAUAAAUGACAUUUUUACACAUUUAAUUUACAUUUAUGGACACUGGGGUUUUUCCACUGCAAAACAAUAUUUACUUAUUAUGUCUUCCAUAAAUAUUUUUUUAAAGAAAAAUGUAUUACUAAGUCAAUGAAAUGAUGUACUGCUUUACAUUUACUAGAUUUUCAUAUAAGUACAGUAUUCUGUCUCAGGGUUAUACAAGUGUGCAAGUAGUACAAGAAGUUAUUAAAUUAAGCAGAUGUCAAAUAGUAGAUUUCCCGAGGUCAAAAUGAGCAAAUUAGUUUCUCGUUACAGGGAUUGAAGCCUUGGAGGUUUGCUUUAAAAUAUAACUCACUGUAUAUACUGUAUGCUGUAUUAUCUGCAGGGUUUGCAGCAAAACCAACAAACAGGAAAAGUGUAGCGUGGAGAAAUCAGCUGAAUCUAAAUGACAUACAGCAUGUGAUGUUUUCAUAUAUGCAAAAUAAAUUCUUAUUUAUCAAUCCCAUUUAUUACAUAUGUCAA